AUGGCUACUCAAGUGCCAGAGUCCAUGAAGGCCCUAGUCGGGAACCGAUCUAUCUGCGCUCGACUCGCAAACUACACACUCGGGAAAUCAUCCGGAGAAGGCGUGCUUGUUAAAAACGUUCCAGUCCCUGAGAUCUCCGAUAAUGAAAUCCUAGUCAAGGUUCGAUGCGUCGCGCUGAACCCAACGGACUUCAAACACGUCGAUAUCCUGUCUCCCAAGGGCGCCAUCAUUGGCUGUGACUAUUCAGGAACGGUUGCCAAAGUCGGAUCCACUGCCCCCGGAAACUGGUCGGUUGGUGACCGAGUAGCUGGCGUCACACAUGGUGGACUGUACCCCGAACGCGGCUCUUUCGCCGAGUACCUCAAGAUCCCCGGUGACUGGGCCUGGAAGGUUCCGUCAUCUGUGAGUGAUGAGGAGGCCGCCACAUUUGGUGUUUCUGCUGUUACUGCCAUGUUGGCUUUGAAUACUCGCCUGGGCGUUCCCUGGGCUGAUGGCGGGAAGGAGCAAGGGUCGCGGGAUACCCCUAUUCUGAUAUACUCUGGUGCAACCGGAGCCGGGCUCUAUGCCAUUCAACUUGCCAAGCUUGCGGGACUGAAAGUCAUCACGACUGCAUCGCCGCGUUCGCAUGACUUGGUGAAGGAGUACGGCGCAGAUGAUGUUUUUGAUUAUCGAUCACCAACCGCUGCCGAUGAGAUCGUCCGAGCUUACCCCAAUAUUGACAGAGCUCUGGACUGUUUCUCUGAAGGAAGUUCCACUGAUUUCUGCGUCAACGUUGUGCGCAAGAACAGAGGUUGGGUCGUGACGCUGCUGGACAGUGGGAAGACGGAGUCGCAAGGAGUCAAAAUCGAUUUUUUGCUUGCGUACUCGAUCUUUAAUUCCGAGUACCAAUGGUUGCCUCCAAUCGGGCCCAAGUUCCCCAAGAAGCCUGCCGACAAUGAAGCGCUUCGUCGGUUUUACGCCGCGCUACCGAAAAUCUCUACGCAGCUCAAGACACCACCACUGAAAAGUAUUGACGGAGGGAUGGAGAAGCUAAGCGUUGGGCUUGAUAUGCUUCGACAAGGGCAGGUCUCUGGUACCAAGCUGGUGGUGCCAUUGAAAUGA